AUGUUUUGGCGCUUCGGCGGGUACGCGCAGCUGUCGUCGCUGGACAGCAUCCUCGACAAGCCCGACGUGACGGUUGAGGAGCUGCUGGACGAGUCAGACCUCAUCCAAGAGCUCAAGCAGCAGAAUUCGAAGCUAAUUGAAUAUCUCCGCGACGAAAAGGUCUUGGAACGGCUGCUGCGCUACGUAAUCGCCCCUCCGCCUCCGAUUUCGCCCAAAGAUGAAGCUCAGUCGGAAUCGUUAAAAAGUGAAGGCUUCUUUGGACGCGUUCGGGCGCGCUCAACGUCGGUCAAAUCCGAUCCGGGUGAUGGCGAAGAGAGCAAGGAGGAGAAGCAGCGCAUGAAGUAUGCAUAUGUGGCAUGCGAGAUCCUGUCUUCUGAGGUCUGGUCCAUAUCUGAGGCUGUGCUGGAGAACCAGGACAGUUUGCGACAGUUCUGGAACUACAUCAAGCAGCCCGCGCCGCUCGAUCCCGUGCAAGCUGGCUACUUCAGCAAAGUCAACGAAUCGCUACUGGAUCGCAAGAUGGAGGAGAUGCUCGAAUUCUUCAAGUCCAUCGACAACGUCGUAACCGAUAUGCUGCAACAUGUUGACUGUCCCAUGAUUAUGGACCUGCUGCUGAAGAUGAUCAGCUUGGAAAAGAGCGAAGGAGGUCAAGGCAUCGUAGACUGGCUACAGUCGCAAAAUCUCGUUUCGCAACUUGUUUCGUAUCUGGCGCCCGACCAGCCUUCCAACUGCCAGACGUCAGCCGGAGACUUCCUUAAAGCCAUCAUUACCAUCUCUGCAAAUGCCACGACCCAGGACACACAAGUAAUAGGACCCAACGAACUCACGCGCCAACUCGUUUCGGAGCCAUGCAUCAAGCAGAUGAUUGGGUAUAUGCUCCACGGCGGCAACCCGCUCACUGUUAGUGUCGGAAUUAUCAUUGAGGUCAUCCGAAAGAACAACUCUGAUUAUGAUUUGGAGAACCAGAUUGGCCCUGUACCCAAGACUUCUGAUCCUAUCUACCUGGGGACCCUUCUUCGGCAAUUCGCGAACCACAUUCCCCAGUUUAUGGAGCUGGUGCACACCACUAGGCAGACUAUAUCUAACAAGGACGGCUCGACUACCUCUAGGAAAAGGGAGCUCAAGACCGCUUUUGGCGAGAAGAUAGAACCGCUCGGCUUUGAUCGCUUCAAGACCUGCGAACUCAUGGCAGAGCUUCUGCACUGCAGUAACAUGGCUCUUUUGAACGAGCGCGGUAGCGAAGCUGAGGUCAAGAGAAGAGAUGCUGAGCGGGAACGGCUAAAGGCCGAAGGGAAAUUGACGGCGCGAGACCCUAAUGCCGGCGACUUUUCAACAAGCGUUGACAGCCAUGGUUUCCAUCACGCCCGGGCGCCGUCCAGUGAAUCGCCUGAGGAGAUCAAGCGACUCGAAGUGCAGAAUAACUCCGAGGAUGAUUUUGAGAAGGUUAUUGCGCCCGAAGCACCAUCGGAGGAGAAAGCUAAUAUCGACAAGGAACACGUUGGCGAGCCGCUGGAGAGAUCACCGAAAACCGUCCCCAAGGAAUCUGGUGUUGGUAAGCCUGAAGAGGGAGAAGGAGAGUUUGUUGACGAACCUCUUUCACCGGCCAAAGAAGCAGCGUCGCCUGCGAAGGACACAGCUUCGCCCGCAGAAGCCACGCCUGGUAAAGUUCCAGACGAUGCAGAGUCGCCUACCUCAGCUGGCCUUUCCGCUAAGGUGGGCGGUUUGGGGCUUGAUAACGAUACCGUUAUGGGCGACACCGAAGAGAGCCAGAAAUCAGAGGCGACAAAGGAGGAAAAGCCACAGCCACCUUCGCUUUUGACCCAGCAACUCACCAAGGCAGAGACGAGCGAGGCGGAAGAGAAGGACCUCUCGCCACAUCCGGAAGAUAAACCUGCGCCGUUGUUCUCUGGUAAGACCAAGGACACGGAAGCCGCUGAGACUCCCAAACCAGAUGCUGCCCGUUUUACGACAGGCGCAGCUGAAAGUGAGGGAUCAGAGAUCACGCCUAUUGAUGAGAGUAGUGAAACUCGAUCUGUACUAUUUGGUGGCGUGGAAGCUCAAUACGCACCUCAAUAUGAGAUCGAUGUAGAUGGCUCACCUGUGGUGGGUGACUUGCUCAAGAUUCAAUUCGUCGAGGACAAGGUCGUACCGACCAUCUUUGACUUCUUCUUCCGCUUCCCGUGGAACAACUUCCUCCACAAUGUUGUAUACGAUGUUGUACAGCAGGUAUUCAACGGACAGAUGGAGCGCGGCUACAAUCGCAGCCUCGCCAUAGACCUGUUCGAAACCGGUCGCAUCACCGAGCGGAUAAUCGAAGGCCAGCAGGCGAGCGACAAAGCUCAAGCAGAAACACAUAUGCGCCUCGGCUACAUGGGCCAUCUCACCCUCAUAGCGGAGGAGGUCCUGAAGUUUACCGAACGCCACCCUGCAGAACUUCUCUCGCAGUCGGUUCUCGAGAAGGUCAUGAGCCAAGCAUGGAUAGAUUACGUCGAACAGACUCUGGCAGAAACAAGAGAACGCGACAACGCAAUCCUCGGCGGCGUCCGUCCUGACAUGAGCGUCGGCCCUCGGCAAGCCGUCCUCAACGCGGUAAAUGCCCAAUCAGGCUUCGGUAACGACGGAGGCUCUUCACUUGCCAACGCAAAUAGCGGAAACAUCGGCCUGGACAGUAUGGAGCUUACCAACCCCGACAACGGCGGCGGAUACACAUUCAGCGGCGGCUCAUUACUCAGUGGCUUCACCAACUCGAGCGACGAGGAGGACGAGGAGAUGGACGAAGGGGGCGAAGAAAGGGAGCGCGAGCAACGGCAGCCUCCUGUGAGUGACUCGGAACAAGUGGGUGAACUCUCAUUUGAAGAUGUCGAGAUGGACUACCGAUAA